AUGAAAAAGUACCAACUUAUAGGCCGCAAGCUGAACAAUAGAUUUCCCAAAAGAAAAGAGGCAGUCACUUAUCCAGUAACCCAUUUGCAUUCAUUACCAUUAGAGAUACAACUACGAAUAUUUGGCUCACUUCACAACGACGGACAGUCAUUGCUACCGAUGGCUCGAACUUGCAGCCACUUUUACCAAAUCAUUUGCAAGUACUUUUUAUAUCGGCAAGUUCAAUUCCACACAUCGACAGAAUUUUUCAAAUUUGCCCAUCAGCAUUUAACGGGAGAAGUGAGUAAUAAGAUCAACUACCUCGAGAAUGUCAUGUUCAUUAAUCCUCAAAUUAAAAAAUCGUCGAGUCAGAGCAUCAAUAUAGGCGGGAGCUAUGCCGUAGAGUCAAACAGCCGCACGGUUGACACUUUGAGCUAUACAGGGUUCAUUUCUACUUUAGGAACUUUGUUUUCUCAUGCGUAUGGAUUGAAAUGCAUGCAGUUUACUGAAAUUGCGCCUGAAUUUGCAUUCCCUUUGGAAUAUAAACAAAAGACAUCCACAAGUUUGUUUAAGCGGAAAGCACCAAAACGGAAAAGGAGCCUAGAUCGAUUGGUUCUUAGGCCGCAAUCGGGAUGGUCCAUCCCAUUAAAGGAUAUACACUUGUCUUUAUUUUGUGAAUAUUUUGACACGAUUCGUGAAUUGCACUUGAUUGAUUUCAUUAUUGAUCAACCUAUAAAUGUUGAUAUCAAAGUCCAAAAGGUUACCUUUCAAUCGUGCUCGUAUUCAAUUAAAAAGAUUAAGGCACCAAGUCCAUUAUUCAAAGAUGUCUCGAGUUUGGAAUUACAAGGCCUUACAAGUUCAAUGCAACUAUCUUUGAUUGACUUGGUCAAACUAAAUAACAAACUCAACACUUUGAUUCUUGACUUAAAAUCCACUGUAUUCUACACAAAUGGGGAAUUCAACUUUACAAAAUUCAAUCCCUUUUUCCGUCUCUUAUGUUCUGGAGAAGGAAAUUAUGCCAAUUUGAGAACUCUUGUGUUGAAAAAUUUUGAUUUAUUCAAUUAUCUCAAACAUGAUAAUUUACAUGAAGACAUUGAUUCGUGGAUUGAACCUCCAACUAACAACUUUGAGACGUUUAUGAAGUAUGUCUCCUUUGUGCCUAACUUGAUCAUAUUAUUGAAGAAGACGCCAGUUAGAGUAAAUACUUGCAAGAAAUGUGGAUUCAAAAAGCAGCAACUGGAUAAGUUGGUUGAAACAUUGACUCCUCAAGAGUGGGAAAUAUUCUUGAAACCGUUGGAGUUGCAGGAGAACAAUUUGAAAAUACAACUGCAUGACCUUGUUGAUCUAUAUACUAUUUCAGAAUACAGUUAG